CUUGAAACAAACAACAACUUUUCGUAAAAGAAAAUUAUUUUUGCAAAAGUUUUCGUGCAAAAAAUGAAGAUUGCAAGAUAGAGUGAUGCCGUGUGAGAAUUGUGGUGCCCAAUUUUCCGUCUUCAGGAUCAAACGCUCCUGUUCAGAAUGCAGGCGACUCUACUGCAAACAGUGCCUGGUGAAGAGGAAGGACAGGUUCCUUUGCGAAAGAUGUGUCAUCUUCACAACUAGACCACUGUCGCGAGUUGACUUGCUGCAGCUGAAGCCCAAGGACUUGAUCUUCUACUGCCAGAGCAAGCACAUCUCCACAAUUGGCUGCGUGGAGAAAGAGGAGCUUGUGGAUUUAGUGCUGGCGCAUGGAAACUCCACGCAGGAUACCAUUCCACGGGGUAGAAGUUCAGGGACAAACACCAAUCCACCACGAGAUGCAACUGACGAUGAAAAUUGCUCGAACCCCUUCGAUCAGAUUAAGCAAACUUGCCAGAAUUUCUUCAAUAGCGUCGCCGAGAGGAUUAACAAUGACUUCAACUUUGACCUCAAGACUUCAUCAUCCUUCUCGCCGCGCCAGAGUACGGCGGCACAACCCACAGAGCCCAUUGUAAAUGACGUCCGGGGACGUGGUUCACCGGCAUCGGAAGUCUUCUCCUCAAGCUACACAUCUAGUCACCCCGCGAGCUCAUCGGCCUCCCUCACGUCUGAGCACAGCCGCCGGAGCGCCCCGAAAGGUCAACCGUCCACGCGACACAAUAGGAGCCAGAGCGAGGAUAAGGAUCUACAUGAAUUUGAGGUGAUUCAAUCAACAAAUGAUCUCACACCCGAAGCGGGAUCCAGUCAGGGUGCCCAAACGCGUCCCGGUGAACCUGCAAUGGGCAAUUCGGCUAGCUCGUCGUCAUUCGAGGAACUAGGAGCCGUGGGUGGAAGUGAUUCUUUCAGUGCUGUGACCAAUAAGAGCAACUCAGAGACUCUGCAAAUUAGCAAUGAAAUUGAAGGGCAUCUAACGUCUUCAAGUGAGGGAGCCACUGAGCGUUCUCGAAAAACUCGCUCAGCCGAAUGUAGCUUUAAUGGGAGAACCGUGGAUGAGUUCUUUGCCCCGAGGAAUAAUCCCGAUGGGAUGUCCCUUUCGGCCAGUAUCGAUGCCACACCCGUCCACAGAUCACGUCGCCUAAGGCGCCGCUCAGACAGCUGCAUUCUCGACACGGGACAGCUGGAGCGGGACAUUUCGCUCAUGUUCGAAGAUGAGAGCUCCCGGAAGCGCUCACGAACAUCAUCCCAGCGCAGUGGGAAGGAGCGUGAGGCCCUCCUUGGGCUGCUGGCGCAAUUCAAGAAUGAAAUGUCCGCCCUUGGGCUGAGUGAUGCGAGUGUCCAGGAACAACUGGAUGCGGUGCUAAAAUACCUCGAAGACCGAAAAGUCUCCGCCACAUUGGAACCAUCUACAUCGACACGCGAUGCAGGUGCUUCGGGAAGUGACAACGAUGGCAUUCACGUCUAUGCAAUGUCCGACGGGGAUGUGUUCAAUGGCAUCCCCACGAUAAAUGUUGAAAAGCAAGCUAAUAGUGAAGGAUUCACACCGAGGAAAUACACAAAACUCGAUGACAUCACCUCAAGUGCUGAACUGGAGAAGUUGUCAGUGAAGCAAUUGAAGGAGAUUCUAAUGCUGAAUCGUGUUGACUUCAAGGGAUGCUGUGAGAAGAACGAACUCCUCGAGCGCGUAACACGUCUCUGGAAUGAUCAAAGGAUGUAUCCACCUCCGGAUAAGCUACAACCGGAUGAUUUGUGCAAGAUUUGCAUGGAUGCACCAAUUGAGUGCGUGAUCCUUGAAUGUGGCCACAUGGCAACGUGCACAAAUUGCGGGAAAAUCCUCCAUGAGUGUCCCAUUUGUCGGCAGUACAUUGUUCGAGUUGUUAGAUUCUUCAAGGCGUAAAAAGGGGGUGUCAUGCACCUCCACAAGCUACACAAGUUAAAGAAUUUUUCUUUUGCACUACCUACAUGGGGGAUAAACAGUGGAGGAAAUGUUUAAAAAAUUCAAAUUAUUUUUUAUAUUUUUUUCUGGGAGGAUUAAGGCUGGAUUGAGGAAAGAAAUAAUGAAAGGGAAUACAUAUUUAUGAGGCUAUAAUAAAUUUAGGAAAAUAUUUAAUUGCAGAUAAUGGGUGAAAUUCAAUAGUUAGGCAGUCUUAAGCUUUUUUUUCAUUUUCCUAAAUAUAUCUUAAGUUUUUUUAAGCAAAAAUUUAAGAUUUCUUAAGACUUAAAAUUUUCUCAAGAAUUUUUAAAAUUUUAAAAUAAAAGUCCAGCAUACAAUUUUUUGUAAUUUUUUCCUGAUUGUCUUCGGGCAUCGAAAUUCGUAAAAAUCAUUUUAAAAGAAAUAUGCAUUUAGCCUAAUUCAGCCUAACUUAAUAAAUCUUAAAUUUCGCAUAAGAGAUUAAUAAAAAAAUCUUUAGAAACCCUAAAAAAUAUUAAGAAAACUUAAGAAAAUUUAAUAAUAUCUUAAGAAAACUUGAAAAAUCUCAAGACUGUCUAACUAGUGAAUUUCACCCAAUGAUUAUUCGUUGACAAUGUGCCAAAAGAAAAAUAUUUUUAAUAGAAUUUGAGAUUUCUUAGCUUUAUGGAAGUUUUUGAAGUAAUUGCAAAGAUUUCGGGCACCUGUGAAGGUUUUUUCGUAUACGUUGAUUAAUCAUUGAUUUUAGGGAACUUUUUUCAUGAUUAAUAUAAAUUCGUCCAACUUGUGUUUAAUACCAAUAUGCAAAUAUAAUGAUUUGCAUGAGAAUGUUAAAUUAAUUGUUUUGUUUUAAUGUUCAGAAGGCACUCGAGGUCAAGGAAAAACUCAAAAUGAGGUAAAAUAGAAGAAAAAAAAAGUUUGAAAUAUUUUUUAUACUCAACAAAGUCUUGUGUCUGCAUUAAAAGAAAUUAUCUCUAAUAAAUUGGUUCGAUUGGUUUAAUAGGUUUUUUUAUAUAUUUUUAAAAAUAAAAUAUUGGUUUUGCAUAAAAAAGGACAUUUUAUGGGUCAAAGUUUUAAGCUUAAAAAAUGGAGUGCCUAAUUUAUUUCCUCCACUGUUUAUUACCAAAAUGAGAAAAAAAGAAUUAAAUAUAAAUUUUAAAAAUGAAUUUAUAACGUACAAUUUUGCGGCAUAGCUGAAGAAUUUCCUCGUUAAUGCCUAAAGAAAAUUCACAUAAAAAAUACAUACCUAAAUAUAUUUUAAAAAGGAAAACAUUCCCCAAGUAAAUUCUGUGAAGCGAUGGCUAAAAAAAAUAUUCCUGUUUCGACUAUUUAGUGUUGCAGAAAAUAAAGAAUUUGGGUGCAGGAAGAGACGAUGAUGUGGAUUUAGGGAAGUGAAAUGAAAUUAUAAGAAAGAAGGUAGAGAAGCAAAAUUUAGGAAAUAUUUAGCUGUUUUAGGUGAUUUAAAAAAAAAUGAUGAGAAAAAUUCAAUAAAAAUGAAAUAAAAUAAUUUUAUUUCCUUUUUUUUCUUUUGUAUAAAAAUUUAUUAAAAUGUAUUAAAAACUACUAAA